AUGUGGAAGAAAGACUGUCCGACAGAGAGCACGACAAAAGUAGAACAGACCACUACACCUCAACCAACCACAACUAGAGUGGCAACACCAACAGUAGAGCUAACAACGACAGUGCCAUCAACUACACUUGCCGAACCAACCACACCUGUAGAAUUGACUACAACAGUGGAACCAAUCACGACAGUGAAACUAACCACAACGAUGGACCCUACAACAACAAUGGAACAAACAACUACAGCUAAACCAACCACAACUCUUGAGACAACAACCACCGUAGAACCAACAACAACAGUUGAACCAACAACCACUGUGGAACCAACCACCACAGUUGAAUCGACUACUACAGUUGAACCAACAACUACAUCUGAACCAACUACAACGCGGGAGCCUACAACAACACUGGUACCAACCACUACAGCGGAACCUACAACCACAACUCAGGAUCCAAUUACUACUGCUGAACAAACAACACCUCUUAAGCCAACAACCACAGUCGAUCCAACAACUUCAGUAGAACCAACUACGACCGUAGAACCAACAACCACAGUUGAACCAAAAACCACUGUGGAACAAACUACUACAGCUGAACCAACAACAACUCUUGAGCCAACCACCGACCCAACUACUACUUCUGAAAAAACCACAACUCUUGAACCAACAACUACAUUGGAACCAACAACAACAGUUGAACCAACAUCCACAGUUGAAUCGACUACUACAGUUGAACCAACAACUACAUCUGAACCAACUACAACGCGAGAGCCUACAACCACACUGGUACCAACCACUACAGCGGAACCUACAACCACAACUCAGGAUCCAACUACUACUGCUGAACAAACAACACCUCUUAAGCCAACAACCACAGUCGAACCAACAACUUCAGUAGAACAAACUACGACCGUAGAACCAACAACCACAGUUGAACCAAAAACCACUGUGGAACAAACUACUACAGCUGAACCAACAACAACUCUUGAGCCAAGCACCACUGUGGAACCAACUACCACUGUUGAACCAACAACCACAGUGGAACCAACCACCACAGGUGAACCAACGACCUCAGUAGAACCAACUACCACAGUAGAACCAACAACCACUGUGGAACAAACUACUACAACUGAAACCACAACAACUCUUGAGCCAACCGCCACUGUGGAACCA